GCCUUUCAGAAAAAAAACGCAUCUGAAUGCCAUUUGAACUUCCGGGGCUAUACGUUAACCCCCCUUUUUCAUGGGGACCCCCUGAGAGCGAGGUUUCCAUUGAUAGACAACCCUUCCAAUUACAUUUCAAAAAAACCCCUCUUCACGCCGUCGACUGUUUGGUUGGAUUUCAAAAAUAUCUUGAGGAGUCCGCUAAUGGAAAGACCACUGCCGCCUUUCGUGAUGUUGUUGACAAAAAUGAAAGGAAGAAGUUCGACAAACCCGAGACCAAAAACAAGAAGACAACUAAUUAUAACUAUCCGCAAUCGAAACAACGUCGCACUUUUGAGCGCCCACGGAAAAUUGUGGAGUUGCUUAACACGGUUCCUAUUCUUGGUGAAACAACAAUAUUUUAUGAAUUUUUGCAGCAUGAAAUGUUAAAGCACGAGUAUUUUUCUCUACCCAAGGUUGAGGACCUUUUGUCUUCUGGACAUCCCCUCGUGUAUGAUAGCACCGUCAACAACUCUAGCUGUGCGUGUCCGCGUCUUCUCAACGAAAGCGCCUAUUCUCCGGACUACUUUGAGCGGCCCGACGUUUUGGAUCCACACAUGCAAAAACUCAUUCAUGAGAACGCUGGCAAGGUCCCGCUGUUCGUCACCACGGACGAGGUGCUUUCGCUGAUCAUGUCUUCUUAUUUCUCUAUUCAUCCAUGGCAUUUGGUCGUGUCGAGCCCUUCGCGUGCUCUUAAGCUCUUUGUGAUUGAAAAGGAGGCCGACAGCAAUGUUGACCGGCAGUGGGUUAGUGAGACGGCCACCAGAGAUGUGGCCCCAACGGAAGAUGACGACAUCCUCUCAGAGCGCAUCUCAACUCUUGGGGAGGAGUCCACAAGGGUAUACAAUUGCUUCAUUAAACAGUCCUGUCUGCGCUCUCGUGGGACUGUUAAGGUUUGUGACAGGGUGAUCAAAAGCACCUUUACCGAUAUUCAGCCUCGCCUUUAUCGUUACCGCCGCUAUAUGAUGAAUUUUGACUCGCCAUCGAAGCGCUACGACAUCAUCGUCCGCUGUGAGGUUGAUGCCGUAGAGCGCGACAACAGCUUGGUUCGACUCUUUGGUCUAAUGGAGCGGUGUCGUCCAGGAUCGACGAGUGUUUGGCGUAAGGAGUUGGACUCGAGCAAGGCUUCAGCUCUGCCCAUGUCGUUCAGCUCGAAUAAGGCUAAGAUAACUCGCUGGAUUGCGCUGUCGCACCUAUCCGGUGUGAAUUUUAUGAAGAUCGGCCUUCUGGCACGCACAGAAAAGGCCAACCAUGUCGAUCCUGAACAUCAUGAGAUCAUAUCGGUCCAAUCUGAGGUUCCCUUAGUAUUGGCUUCACACCUAGGUGUGCGUGUACAAACAAUGUGGGCAGUGGUUGAUAACAUUUUUCAGAAGAUCAUGGAAGACCGAUCUGGUGAUGAGGAUAUGAUCCUGGUGAAGCCAAGUGGUAGUAACAAGAUACUUCUCGCUGAAAAACAGGACGAUGACGAUGACGAUGACGACGAAGAGGAUGAACAAACAGACGAAGAGGCCGACUAG